UUCACAACAAUCUUUAAUAGCAGUUACCAGACAUAUAGCUUCCUACUGACGAUCAAUAUAAUAGCUGAUAGUACAGGGUUCUGUACUACUUCAUAAGCAAGGAAAGGAGCUGAGUUCGACGCUAGCUCUUCGCAAUUGUAAAUUGCAAUACUGAGUAAAUUAGAAAAUUAAAACACGUACUAUUAACAAAGCAUUCGUUGUUACAAUGAAUUUAGAAACAUUCUGUCAAUCUCUACCGAAAGUGGAACUACACGCUCAUCUAAAUGGAUCUUUGAGCACGGACACGUUGAAGAAAUUAUAUAAAAUGCAAAACCCAGACUCGGACGAAGUCGAGAAUUUGCUCACGGAUAUGAAAAGCUUCUCGUCACUAGGCGAGUGUUUCAAAGUUUUCGACAUUGCACAUUCGUUGACGAUAACACCUGAGGCUGUCUUUCACUGCACUUAUGACACGAUUAAAGAGUUCAGAGAUGAUGGAGUAAUAUAUUUAGAACUUAGAAGUACACCGCGUGCUGUUCACGGGAAAAUGACAAAGGAGGAAUACGUAGAAGCGAUCGUAAAAGCAUUCGAGGCAUGCAAAACUGACUUUCCAAGUAUACUAGUCAAGUUAUUAAUAUCGAUUAAUCGUAAGCAAGGGUACAAAGCCGCGGAGGAGAAUAUAAAUUUAGCAAUAAACUUUCUUAAGAAAUAUUCUCAAUACAUCGUUGGACUCGAUCUCAGCGGAGAUCCGAUGACAGGGGAUGCAUUUUUGGAAUUGCUGAGAAAAGCUAGAACGGCUGGUCUUAAAAUUGCAGCCCAUUGUGCAGAAAUUUCGAAUGAAAUGGAGACGAUAGACAUCCUCGAAUUUAAACCUGACAGACUGGGACACUGUACCUGCAUUCAUCCUACCUUGCAAGGUUCCGAUAAAUUAUUCCAAAUGCUUCUUGACUCGAGAAUUCCCGUUGAACUGUGCUUAACUUCGAACGUUCAAUGCAAAACGGUACCAACUUAUGAGGCUCAUCAGUUCAAAUAUUUGUACGAGGCUGGACAUCCUGUUUGUCUUGCAACUGACGACAAAGGUGUAUUUCGCACGUCUUUGUCUCGGGAAUAUCAAAUAGCCGGAUCAACGUUUGGUCUAGGACCGGAGGAACUUCGCGAACUGUCCUCAUCGUCUGUACAAUACGCUUUCGCGAGUGAACACGAAAAACAGGUAUUACUAUCCAAAAUCAAAUGAAAUAAUUAUGUUAUUACACAUUAACAUGACGCUGCGGCGAAAUCACUAUUGAUAUAAAAGUAAUGAUGAUUUUAUUCGUUAUGAUAUUCGUGAGCUCGUUUACAUGGAUUUACAGAUAACUAAGUCACUAUUUACGGAGUCUAUAAUAGUUAAAUGUGAUCGGGGGAGUUCCAUUUUUUUUCUUCAGUAUCAUAUAUAGUAUAUACAACAUUUAUAAUACUUAUUACAAUAUUACGCCAGUAAAUAUGGUGCACUGAUGAGAAAAUUAAUACUUACAAACCGACAGUGAAUGAUCCAGUUCAGUGAAAUUAAAUGAACGUCUUGUAGGCUAUGAAAAAUCACAAUCGAGCACGACGAAAUUAUAACGUUGUUGCUGUUCUUGUUGUCUAUCUUCUCGACAAUUUUCUUUAAUGAAUCAAAACGUUAGAUGAAACUUUAGCACCACUUAAAAAAGGGCCGAAACUAUUCUUCUCUCUACUUGAAAUAAAAUCGCGAAUAAAAGGGAUUAGCCUUUA